CCAAUGUCACAAAACAUUAUGUGUAUUAAUUGUUUAAUGAGAAACUAAUUUGCUGCGUAAAGUUUCAACUAAACCACAAUAAAAAUGAUAAUACUUCAUAGGGUAGUUGUGAAAAUAAAAUGGGUAUUAUAUGUAAAAUGCUUAAUAUAAUGCCUGGCACAUAGUAAGUGCUAUAAAUUCUGUAUUUGCUAUUCUUUUUUUUUUUUUUUAAUAUUUUAUUGUACUUCAGGUGAAGUGUAUUUGCUAUUCUUGUAGAGAGGCUGUACGUAUGUGUGUAUGUAUCUGUGUGUAGAUGGGUGUGGGUGUGUAUGUAUUGGGAAUGUGUGUGUGGAGGUGUGUGUAUGUGGAUGGGUAUACUUGAAGAUGUAUGUGUCUGUGAAUCUGUACAGGAGAGUUCAAAGUCUCUGUACGUGAGGUGCUGUGUGUAGCUGAGGUAAUGUGUAUGUCCGUGGAUGUGUUGGGAGGGUUGUGUGGAUCUGAAUGUAGGCUGUGUAUGCCAUUUGGAGACCUUUAUUCUCACCCUGUAACCCUUGUGUUCUCUCCUCUCGCCAGCCCCUGAAUUCCUUUGAGCAAGGCCCUGGGUGCUCCCUUCCCCACCUCCAUCCUCCUUCCUGGCCCUAAUCACCAGUGACCUGGGGCCUUGCAGACGAAGUGGUUUCACCCUGAGGGGAAGGAUCCUGGGGUGAAGUUGUCAGCAACGGCCUAGUGGUCAAUAGGGGCUAUUUUAGGGCAAGCCUCUUACCACAGCCCGCCUCACAGUUCACCAUAUGGGUGAUGUUUCCACCACCACUACCACCCCCUGACACACGCAGGAGAACAGUCACAUUGAAGGGUGAGAGGGAUUGAUGGGGCUAGGGUUGGGGUCAGGGCACUGAUGUGAUAGAGCCAUUGGCCAGGCAGCUGGAUCUGGUGGAUCCAGGAAGGCUUCCUGGAAAAGGUGAGUGAUUCUGGGUAGGAGGGACAGGACCCAGAAAGAAGAGGAAAAUUCUAUAAGGGAAGCAGAGAGGCAAGGCAAAGGCCCUUGUCCCCAGGGUCCUCGGGCCCCUCUAGGGGAAGAAAUGAUGGUUCACUUGGUCAGCCCCACCCCACAGCUCUCCAUUCCUCUCACAUCUUAGGAAACCAAGCCCUCUCCCCAGCCAUUUCCUCUCUGAGUGUUGCAAUGGCAGUUUCUGAUGGAGGGUGGGGGACCCUUGCUCAAUGACCCAUCCACACUGUCGCUCAAAGGAAACAACUGCCAGGAAAGACUUGGCUCAUUUGGGAGGCUCCCCCAGGGACCCCGGUGGCCCCAGAUCCUGGCCUGGACCUUUUCCUGAUGUGGGGACAGAAGUAGAGCUGUGGAGGUCCCUGGCCCCUCCCGAAGACCAUGCCACGGCCCCAUUGACCCAGGAAGUGGGGCCUAAGGGCAGGCACCUGGAAUGGGCUGUGUAUUCUGCAAGAAGCUGGAGCCGGGAUCCAAGGAGGAUGUCGGCCUGGAAGGAGACUUCAGGGGCUACGGGGCUGCAGACCGCUAUGGCCCUGACCCCACUCAGGCCUGGCCUGCGUCCUCCCUUGCCCACAUCCCCAACUACAACAACUUCUCCCCUCCAACCACCAGCUCUACCACCAUCAAGGGCAUCUCAGCCUUGACUCUGGCAGGGAUUGGGGUGACCGAAUUCAUCGCCCUGUAUGACUAUGAGGCCCGGACAGAGGAUGACCUCACCUUCACCAAGGGCGAGAGGUUCCACAUCCUGAACAAUACGGAAGGUGACUGGUGGGAGGCUCGGUCCCUCAUUACUGGACAAACUGGCUACAUUCCCAGCAACUACGUGGCCCCUGUGGACUCCAUCCAGGCUGAAGAGUGGUACUUCGGAAAGAUAGGGAGGAAGGAUGCAGAGAGGCAGCUGCUCUCACCCGGCAACCCGCAGGGGGCCUUCCUCAUUCGGGAGAGUGAGACCACCAAAGGUGCCUAUUCCUUGUCCAUCCGGGAUUGGGACCAGACCAAAGGCGAUCACGUCAAGCAUUACAAGAUCCGCAAGCUGGACACCGGCGGUUUCUACAUCACCACGCGGGCCCAGUUCAACUCAGUGCAGGAGCUGGUGCGGCAUUACACCGAGGAGAAUGACGGGCUGUGCCACCUGCUCACGGCAGUCUGCACCAUCAUGAAGCCGCAGACGCUGGGCUUGGCCAAGGACGCUUGGGAGAUCAACCGCGAGUCUAUAGCGCUCGAGCGCCGGCUGGGUACCGGCUGCUUCGGGGACGUGUGGCUGGGCACGUGGAACGGCAGCACGAAGGUAGCGGUGAAGAUGCUGAAGCCGGGCACCAUGUCUCCGAAGGCCUUCCUGGAGGAGGCGCAGAUCAUGAAGCAGCUGCGGCACGACAAGCUGGUGCAGCUGUACGCGGUGGUGUCCAAGGAGCCCAUCUACAUCGUGACUGAGUUCAUGUGCGACGGUAGCUUGCUGGAAUUUCUCAAGGACCAGAAAGGCCAGGCUUUGAAGCUGCCCCAGCUGGUGGACAUGGCAGCCCAGAUAGCGGAGGGUAUGGCUUACAUGGAGCGCAUGAACUACAUCCACCGUGACCUGAGGGCAGCCAACAUCCUUGUCGGGGAGCGGCUGGUGUGCAAGAUCGCGGACUUUGGGCUGGCCCGCCUCAUCGAGGAUGAUGAGUACAACUCCCGACAAGGGGCCAAGUUCCCCAUCAAGUGGACCGCCCCAGAGGCUGCCCUCUAUGGCAAAUUCACCAUCAAGUCAGACGUGUGGUCCUUCGGGAUCCUGCUCACUGAACUCAUCAGCAAGGGCCGAGUCCCCUACCCAGGCAUGAGUAACCGGGAAGUAAUGGAACAGGUGGAGCAUGGCUACCACAUGCCAUGCCCCCCAGGCUGCCCGGUGUCCCUGUAUGAGGCCAUGGAGCAGACCUGGCGUCUGGACCCGGAUGAGAGGCCUACCUUUGAGUACCUGCAGUCCUUCCUGGAGGACUACUUCACCUCCACAGAACCCCAGUACCAACCCGGGGAUCAGGCAUAGCCUGCUUGGGCAUUGGGCACCUCUCUGGGCGUGCCCACUAGCCCUUGUCAAUCCCCAGGACUCUCGUCCCAAAGCCCCCAGGCUUAGAAUCCUACAGAGUCCUAGCACAUCAGAGCAGAUAGGACACUCUGUCGUCAUCUAGGGCAACGUGCUCAUUUUACAGAUGGGGCAAAUCAAGGCUCAGAACUUAUCCCUCACCCACUUUGACUCCGAACAUUGUUUGUCCGCUUUCCACUUAGGCCUCUUCAGGCCUCUAGCCUCCCCCAAAGUGCUCACAGCCUGUCUAGUUAUUUAUAAAACUAUGACUAUCCCUGGCCUCCUUUAUCGCCUCUCCCUGCUUUCCUGCCCUUCCGUCUUCCUGUCCUGGCCCAGGCCCCCAGAUUUUGCCUCCGACUCUCAAUUCUCUUGUGUCUGUCAGUUACGAAGACAGGGAAAGUCUUUGCUGGGUCUUUCUGCUGGGUGAAUGCUGUGGUCUGGGACUGGGGUGCAAGCCCAGGAUUGAGGGAGAAGCUGAUGGCUCACCCCCUUCUGAUCAUGUGUGUGUGUUUAUUGAUUUUUGUAAAUAAGGAAAAUGACAGUAUGAAUCCUUGAACUACGAAAUUCUCCUGCACCUGCCCUUUGGGGGCUGGGGGCUAGUGGGAGGUGAGUGGGGCAUAGUGGCCAGUAGGAGCAGAAGGGAGAGGUAAGACAGUGCCCUAGCACCUACUAAGCACAGGGCACCCAAGGUGUGGAGUUUUAGGAGACCUGAAAGUCUGGCUACUCUUCCCCAUGUUAGUUUAAAACCAGUUGAUAGAUGGAUGCAAAAGAUAGGCAACUGGAGAUUAAAACAUCUCUUUGACUACUGAUGUGGUUUUUGAUUUGCAAAGGUUUGCUAAUUCUUUACCUGAUUUAAGCAGAUAUUCCACCCUUCACAGGCACAACAGGACAACCACAGGCCACCCCCAACAAGGGCAGGGGAGAAGACCACAGUGGAGCCUCUGCAGCUGGCUGAUCCCCCAAAAGAGGGCAGAGUGGGGGAAAGAGAGAGGCCUGAGGGCUAGUCUAGCUCUGUAGAUCUCACUUAGGGCAGCUGUGUCUCUUAGGGGGCUUUUGGAGAAGAAUAGGGGCAGUUUUGUUUGUCACAACCACUGGGGGCUGGUACUGGCUUUUCAUGGUUAGGGACCAGGGAUGCUAAACACCUGUAAUGCACCUGUGCAGUGAAGAAGUGUCCUGUCCCAUAGCGCCCCCUGUGAGGAACUCUGGUAGCUGACGUACCUUCCCAGGGAAACAAGAGGAACACGGAAUACGAUUUCCCAC